AAGCCCCCCGUCGGCGUCUUUUUCUUCAUUUCCUAAUUCAUUUCAUCCACCCAAAAAUCAAAUACGCAGCGACACCAUUUCCGCAGCCUCAAUUAUGGCCCAAGCCAUUGCUUCUUCUCUGGCGGCAUUGGACGGCGGGAGCCUCAAAAUCAACGGCGGCCCAGCCCGCUGGAACUCCGGCAGCGCCAUCAGAGUGGGAUUUUCCGUCAGACCAGGAGGAUUAUCGGUCGUCAGAGCACAGCAAGGUUCCGGCGAGGCGGAAACUAGCCGGCGGGCACUUCUCGGCGUUGCUGCGGCCGGAUUGGUUUCUGGGUCGUCGUUUGUCCAAUCUGGUCUUGCCGAGGUCCAAUCAAUCAAGGUUGGGCCUCCGCCUCCGCCUUCCGGCGGCCUCCGUAAGUCUUCAUCUCUCCUUUUGUAAUAUUUCAAUAACAUUAAUUAACAAUU